AUGUUUGACCCCAUCACCAUAUUUUUCCUCACUUUUCACACCUUUGCUGCUGUUUUGGGAUUAACAUUCAAUGGAAUCGUCCUCUUUCUGGCACUGUUUCGAACGCCAAAGACAAUCGCUGCAUACACCACUAUCCUCAUCAACUUUGCGGUCACCGAUUUCCUUGCCUGUUUCACAGAUUUUUUCAUUCAAAUGCGCCAUAUUCCCGCUGGGUUCACGAUGGCAUACAUGUCCCGAGGACUUUGUACACUUGUUGGGCCCCAUUUUUGCUACCUGAUAUACAGCAUCAAUAUAUCUUUAGUAGCUCAUGGGCUCUGGUCAUUGCUCUUGGGAUUCUCGUACAGAUAUUACAUUUUGUUUCAUCCCGCACCAUCUCGGAAGGCACUAAUUAUAGCCUUGUUGAUAAUUUAUAUUCCUUCAUUCAUUCAAAUGUGGGUCUUCCUCCUCGCUGACGAUGACGCCGUUGAAAUCAAACGAAUUCUGAUGGAGCGAUUCCAAGAGUAUGAGUUGGAAAACGCAACAGUGUGUGGAACAAUUAAUGUAAUAGAGUUUCCGGCAAUGUACACGAUUCUUCAUAUGACGGUUCCGAUUACUCCCGUUUACAUAACAAUUUGGGUGUUAAGAAAAAAGAUUAUCGCCAAGUUGGUCUCCAAUUCAAAAGAUAUGUCAGCUAAAACAAAAGAAAUGCAUAAACAGCUUUUGAAGGCUCUAACCUGGCAAGCCUUAAUCCCCGGUUUCUAUGGAAUGAGUGUUUUUAGCUAUGUCAUCGCCCAAUUUUUCUACAGUCAUCCGGUUUUUGAAUACACUACCCUCACUGGAUUUCUUUUCAUGCCCGUUUUAUCUCCAUUGGCAUGCCUCAUAUUCAUCCAAAUUUACAAGAAAAGAGUCUUAUCUUGGUAA